AUGCUGCUGAUCCUGGACUGAACUUCUGGUGCCCAGGAAAACCAAACCGCUCCCAGUUUCCACGACGAGCUAAGGCUCCCUGCCCCGCUCCUGAGAGGAGAUUCCCUGGAGCCAGGAAAGCCUCUCCUCCCUGGGACCACAAGGGGAGAGCAGCGACAGGAACUGCCCACAGCCCCUGCUGUGCAGAGAGCACGUUCCUCAGCAGAGCCAGUUUUGCAUCCCUGAUUGUCCACCUUGCUUUUUCUUCACGAAAAUGAAGAAAAUGAUUACAUGCUUCCUACUGCUGUUUGGACAAACUCUACUUUUCAGUGACUCCGCCAGGGAGAGACAUCUUCCACCAGCAUUUUCAAGCCAAAGAAAUGGUGCUAACCCACAAGGUACUUUACAUGAGAAUGCUUGCAACCGCAAACGUCUUGAUCUUGUCUUCAUCAUCGACAGCUCUCGCAGUGUACGUCCUUACGACUUUGAAAAAGUGAAGGAAUUCAUUUUAACCAUCUUGCAGUUCCUAGACAUCAGUCCUGACAUCACCAGAGUAGGCCUCAUUCAGUAUGGCAGCACAGUCAAACAUGAGUUUUCACUGAAGACGUUCAGGAGGAAACAUGAUGUGGAACGAGCAGUGAAAAGAAUGAUGCACCUGGCCACUGGCACCAUGACUGGGCUGGCUAUUCAGUAUGCACUGAACAUUGCAUUUUCUGAAUCGGAAGGGGCACGGCCACUGAGCCAGAAUGUGCCCAGAAUUAUCAUGAUAGUGACAGAUGGGAGACCACAGGAUCCUGUGGCAGAGGUUUCAGCUAAAGCCCGGAACUCAGGCAUCCUGAUUUUUGCCAUUGGUGUGGGGAGAGUGGAUAUGAACACCUUGAAGUCCAUUGGAAGUGAACCUCAUGAAGAGCAUGUCUUUUUGGUGGCUAAUUUCAGUCAGAUUGAAACACUAACCUCUGCAUUCCAGACUAAACUUUGCGUGCCCCAUGUGUGCAGUAUAACUGAGCAUGGUUGUGAUCACUUCUGUAUUAACACUCCUGGCUCCUACACGUGCAAAUGUAAACAGGGAUACAUUCUGAAUGCUGACCAGAAGACUUGCAGCACCCAGGACCUAUGUGCUGUGGAGAAACAUGCCUGUGAACAGAUCUGUGUGAACACACCUGGGUCCUAUGUCUGUCAGUGUUAUGAGGGCUAUGGGCUCGAUGAAGAUGGAAAGAAGUGUAUCAUUGUAGACCUUUGUGCUUUGGAUAACCAACGUUGUCAACAUGAGUGUGUAAGUAUGGAUGACUCCUACUACUGUAGAUGCCAUCAAGGAUUUAUUCUAAAUCCAGACAGAAGAACUUGCAGAAGACCAGAUUACUGUGCUUUGCAGACCCAUGGCUGUCAACAGGAAUGUGUUAAUACAAAUGAUUCCUAUUUUUGUCAGUGCCGACACGGGUUUACUCUUAAUCCAGAUAAGAGAACUUGCAAAAAAAUAAACUUCUGUGCUUUGGGUAAACAUGGCUGUGAACAGGAAUGUGUUAACACAGAAGACUCUUUUGUGUGCAGAUGUCAUAGUGGAUACACCCUAAACCAUGAUGGCAAAACCUGCAGAAGAGUGGAUCACUGUGCUGAGAACAACCAUGGCUGUGAGCAGCUGUGCCUAAACACCGGCGACUCAUAUGUCUGUCAGUGUUCUGAAGGAUUCAUCAUUAAUGAAGACCUAAAAACCUGCACACGAGUGGACUAUUGUGCACUGACUGAUCCUGGUUGUGAACAUUUGUGUGUAAACAGUGAAAAAUCUUAUACUUGUCAGUGCUUUGAAGGAUAUGAGCUUCGUGAUGAUGGGAAAACUUGUAAACGUAAAAAUGUCUGCAAAUCAGUCAACCAUGGUUGUGAACAUAUUUGUGUUAAUAGUGACAAUUCAUACAUCUGCAAGUGCCAUGAGGGAUUUGCACUGCGGGAAGAUGGGAAAACGUGCAGAAAUAAAGACUUCUGCAAAUCAGUUGACCAUGGUUGUGAACAUGUUUGUGUUAAUAUGGACAAUUCCUACAUCUGCAAGUGCCAUAAGGGAUUUGCACUGCGAGAAGAUGGGAAAACGUGCAGAAAUAAAGACCUUUGCAAAUCAGUUGACCAUGGCUGUGAACAUGUUUGUGUUAAUAUGGACAAUUCCUACAUCUGCAAGUGCCAUAAGGGAUUUGUACUACGAGAGGAUGGGAAAACGUGCAGAAAUAAGGAUGUCUGCAAAUCAUUUGACCAUGGCUGUGAACAUAUUUGUGUUAAUAACGACAAUUCCUACAUCUGUAAGUGCCAGGAGGGAUUUGUACUGAGAGAGGAUGGGAAAACAUGCAGAAGUAAGAACGUCUGCAAAUCAGUCAACCAUGGUUGUGAACAUGUUUGUGUAAACAAUGAUAAUUCAUACACCUGUCAGUGCCAUGAGGGAUUUUUGCUAAGAGAGGAUGGGAAAACAUGCAGAAAUAAAGACCUCUGUAAGACCAUUGACCAUGGCUGUGAACAUGUUUGUGUUAAUGAUGACAUUUCAUACACCUGCCAGUGCCAUGAGGGAUUCAUACUAAGAAAAGAUGGGAAAACAUGCAAAAGUAAGGAUGUCUGCAAAUCAGUUGACCCUGGCUGUGAACAUAUUUGCGUUAAUACUGACCAUUCGUACGUCUGCAAGUGCCAUGAGGGAUUUGUACUGAGAGAGGAUGGGAAAACAUGUAGAAAUAAAGACCUAUGCAAAACAGUUGAUCAUGGCUGUGAACAUAUUUGUGUUAAUAAUGACCAUUCCUACGUGUGCAAGUGCCAUGAGGGAUUUGUACUACAAGAAGAUGGGAAAAUGUGCAGAAGAUGCACUGAAGGCCCAGUUGAUCUGGUGUUCGUGAUUGAUGGAUCAAAAAGUCUCGGAGAGGAUAAUUUUGAAGUUGUAAAGGAAUUUGUCUCUGGAAUCUUGGAUUCUCUUGAGAUUUCUCCCAAAGCUGCUCGAGUUGGUUUGCUGCAGUAUUCCUCUGAAGUUCGCACAGAGUUCACAUUAAGACAAUUCAGCACAGCUAAAGACAUGAAAAAAGCAGUAUCCCAAAUGAAAUACAUGGGGAAAGGCUCCAUGACUGGACUUGCCUUGAAACAAAUGUUUGAGAGAAGCUUUACUGAAGCGGAAGGGGCAAGGCCAUUUUCAGCAGAAGUGCCCAGGGUGUCUAUAGUGUUUACAGAUGGACGAGCCCAAGAUGAAGUCUCUGAGUGGGCCAGCAAAGCAAAGCAGAAUGGUAUAACUAUCUAUGCUGUUGGAAUAGGAAAAGCAAUUGAGGAAGAAUUACUGGAAAUUGCUUCUGAGCCACCAGACAAACAUCUCUUCUAUGCUGAAGACUUCAGUACCAUGGGGGAGAUAAGUGAAAAACUAAAAAAACGAAUCUGUGAAGCUUUGGAAGAGUCAGAUCCCCAUCAGGAUCCCCUGACAGGGAGGCCUCACAAGGCUGGUCCUCAUUCUUCAGGAUCUGAACGAGGCAGCAUAGCCAUCACAGACCACCUUGCCUGUUCCAAUUUUGCAGUACGUCACAAGUAUCUUUUUGAAGAGGAGAGUGUUUCACAGUCAACGGCAAGAUCAGCAAACCCUUCAAAAGAUAUGGAGCAGUGCAACUGUGAAAAUCUCAUAACAUUCCAGAACCAUGCCAAUGCUGAAGUAAAAAAACUAACUCAGCGAUUGGAAGAAAUAAUUAAGAGAAUGGAAGCCCUGGAAAACAGACUAAGAUACUGAUGAAGAGUUCUUAACAGAAGUAUACACUGUACUGUAUAUUUAUACAUACAAGUUGCAACAAAGCUAUUUUCUUAAAGCAGUACAAAGCUAUGUAGCACAAAUCUUUUUGUGUGUGAGGGAAAAGGACAUUUUUGGACCCAAUAUUUACAUACUGAGGUAGAGCAUCAUAUUGUUCUCUUGCAUUGAUUGCAGUAAGACAAAUGUUGAAAGGAACUUAUAAAAUUUUAUAGUAACAAAAUUUCUAAAUAGAAUUUAACACUUGAAUUUAUAAGCUAUGCAAUCUAAUAAAAUGCUUUUAUUUUCAAUUUGAACCCUCCAUGCUGUGUUUAGGUAUUUUUAGACUUACUGGUGUGUUAUUUUGGGGAAGUUCUAUGGCCUGUUACACAGGUCAGUCUAAUGAUCACAAUGGCCCUCUUCUGGCCUGGGAAUCUAUGACUCUAACAUACUCUAAAAAAUUUUUGCUUCAUUAGUUGUGCCUCAUCUCUCACCCUCUCCAUCAUACUAAAAAUAUUAAGCGUGCUGCAUAAAUGCAACUAUGAAACAACUGUUUCAUGUACACUCUCCUUUGCCUAGCAUAAAACAUUGUCUAUAGAAAACUAGCAACGAGGGAAAGUGUAGACUAGCUUAAUAGGUUUUUACUUGUAUCACAAAUGUAUACACUAACUACAGUGUUUUCUUGCAGUAUUCCAGGUGUUUGAGUAGCAUUCAAGUAAGUUUGCCAUCUGCCUUCUACAUCCAGAACACACACAAAAUCUCCUCUCACCUAGCACUCUAGUCAUUGGGCAGAAUUCACAAUUAUUUGGUCCCAGUCUAUAUUCUACUCUUAUCACAUUGUAAACUCUUCAGGUCAAGGGUCUUUUCUUCUGUGUUCUAUUGAGCCUGCAGUGGGAGACAUGCAAGUUUCCUCCAGGUAAAGGGCAGAAUAUGGGGCACUAAAUGUUUCAGGGAGAAUGAUCCUCAGGUGAAUUUACAUUCAAAUAUUCCAACUGGAGAGCCAUAUAGAAGGUACUGUUUUCUCUGAAGCAGAGUGUCUCAGACUGGACAAUCCUACUCUUGUUGGAUAACUCACAGUAGAGCUGAGCAAAUUACUUAAUUAUUCAAUGUGGUGGUCAAAAAGAAAGUGAUUAGUUUCAAAGUGACACUGAAUUUGUUUCUUACCACAACAAAACCCCAGAGUUCAACUUAGCAGUGCUGGCCAAAAGCUUUCCUGAACUGCAAUUUCACCCUCUCUUCCAGACUCUGAAAAAAUCUGGCACCUGUGGGUGCCUUUUUGUCAUGAGUAAAUCUACUCACAUGUCUUAGGCCACAACUGUGGCAGCAGAUGUUCUCUCAGGGAACAUAGUUUUCACCUGUAAAAGUGUCCAUCUCUUUCCAAGAAACCUGAAAGGUGUUUUUGUUCCAUCCCAAAAUGCUUUAGUUUGUUGCUGCCAUCCUCUCUCCUUGGAGAGUGUUUUAUAUUGCUUUUUUCUUCCUCUGAAUGUAACAAUUUAAAGUACAGACAAGCAGUAUUAGUGUUGGAAGAGACCUCAGGAGAUCACCUAGUCCAAUCCCCUGCUCAAAGUAUACAUGUUCCCUUCUGAUUGCAUUUCCUAGCUUUUCUUUCCAAAAAAGCAGUAGUCUUUUUUGCACACUGUUAAAGAGCAGUUCAUCCAUUGUGAGAAUGCAAACAUUACAGUAGUAAAUGUGUGGGGUUAAGUGACAUCCCUCCCUGCAGACUCAAGAGUAAUGGUUUUCAGUUCCUGGAACCUCCAAAUUUUGCAUGGGUUUACAACACCUACAGCAACUGAAGGUACUAAAAAGAUGCUUGAAGACAAUUUUUUUUGUACUUGACAAUUACAUAACUCUUGUAUGAAUGUAUACAGCUUUAGCUUAUACUGCUUUGUCAACAUAUCUUGUAAUGUCAUGUUAAUUUUAUAUCUACUUAAGUACAAUUCAUUUUUGAGAAGGAAUAGAUUUAAUUUUCAGAAGUAUUUACUGUUUUGACUCAUUAAUACAAGCCUCCCCUUGCAACAUGGGGAAGUGGUAAAGAAAAACGUGACUGUUUUACAACGGUAGUCUCUGAAACUAGACUGAAGCAGUAAGUGAUGGAAUUCUGUAAUCGUGCUGUUAAACUGCAUCCACUUUUUGUGCGCAAGAGAUCCAUUAGUUCUUCAGACUAGUCUUAAAAGUUAUAUAUAGCUUCCAUUGGAGCUUCAGUUAAGUAAGAGGUUUCAAAGCUGAUAUUCAGCUCUCACACACCCCUUUCUAGAACCAGGAACAGAGUGCAGUUUCAUCUUAUGUGCUUCCUAACAUACAUCAAGAGUUUGUUUUGUCUGAUAUCAGCAUUAUCUGCUCAUGGGAGUUGUUUAUAGACACCCAAAACACAAAUAUUAUGCCUAUAGUAUAUGGUGGCUGAUAGAUUCUGGAACACACAAUGUCCAUCUCCCCCCCAGAACUUUAAAUCUCAGAAUGUUUCCAUAUAGGUAAUUAAUUGCUGUCUAGCAUACAAACUAAGUGGUAUCCAAUAAAAACUGUCCACUCUAAAUAAUGCAAAUUUAAACAGGCAAAUUGUACAUUUCAUAAGUCAUUUUUAAAAUAAACCUUCUUAACAAAAGAGGAUCUUAAGAUUCAAAAAUCAAUGGGGUUAAUUCUUCUAAUAUCAGAGGAUUUAGUUAAGUAACUUCCUUCAGGUUUUACUGUGAUGUGUAAUGGAUGUCACUUGAAGAGACUUACAGUUCAGAAGAGAUUUAACAUUAAUAAGCAAUGACUGAUCCAGCAUACAUUAAAAAGGGAUAUAUACUUUAACAGAGCCAUACAAAAUACACUUACACAGAAAUGUAGUAAAGCUAGAUUGCUGAAAAGUUGGAUCCAUCUAUGAGAUAACUAUUUUUACUGUGUAUUUUCUUUACUAGAUGCCUGCAGAGAGCUAACCUCUCACCUCUAAAUACUCAUUUGUAGUAAAACAGCACCAGUGAUCAGGGCUUCUGUGUAGCCUCAGUACAAAGCGAAAGAUGGUCCCUGUCCAGAAGCAGAGACCACCAUUUUCAACCAUAAUCAGUGAUCUGAAUAAAUCACCUUAAAAAAAGCAUCAUCUGCAGAGAGGAUGCAUAGUACUUUCU